AUGGAUACUAGUUCGCUACCUACUGAAAUGUCCCAAGAAGCUGCUAUCGUAUCAGAAACGAAAAAAUUGCGAGAAUUGUAUCCAGAAGUAGAGCCAUACACAACUGGCACGCUGAAAGUAUCUGAAAUUCAUACUUUAUAUUACGAAGAAGUUGGAAAUCCUUCGGGUAAACCAAUUGUAUUUGUACACGGAGGACCAGGUGGUGGCACGGAUCCACGUGAUCGACAAUUUUUUGAUCCACAAGCAUAUAGAAUUGUACUAUACCAUCAACGUGGUGCUGGUAAUUCAACACCAAGUGCUUCUUUAGAAGAAAACACAACGUGGGACUUAGUUGAUGAUUUAGAGAAAUUACGAAAGCAUUGUAAUAUUGAUAAAUGGAUUUUAUUUGGUGGUAGCUGGGGAUCAACAUUAGCUUUAUCUUAUGCUGAAACACAUCCCGAUCGUGUUAAGGCAUUAAUAUUACGUGGCAUAUUUUGUUGUCGCCGUAAAGAAUUAUUGUGGUUUUACCAGGAAGGUGCUUCAAUGAUAUUUCCUGAUGCAUGGGAAAAGUUUUUAGAACCGAUACCAAAAGCUGAACAUGGUGAUUUAAUGUCAGCAUAUCAUCGUCGUUUAAAUGGUAAAGACGAACAGGAAAUGUUAAAAGCUGCUACUGCAUGGUCCGUAUGGGAAUUAGCAACAUCACGUUUAUAUGUUGACCCAUCAUAUAUAGCUCGCGCAACAGAUGAUGCAAAAUUCGCUGUUGCUUUUGCUCGUAUUGAAACGCAUUAUUUUGUUCAUGGAGCAUUUAUGAAAGAAGAUGACCAAUUAAUAAAAAAUGCUGACAAAAUAAAAGAUAUACCCGGUGUAAUUGUUCAAGGUCGAUAUGAUCUUGUUUGUCCAGCUCGUACAGCUUGGGACUUACAUAAAGUAUGGCCAAAAGGUGAAUUGCAUUGGGUUGAUGAUGCUGGCCAUUCGACUAAAGAAGUUGGAAUCGUUCAUGAAUUAAUUACUGCAACAGACAAAUUUAGAGAAUUGUAA